CCCAGCACUUUCCGGACACUUGCUCUGUGCCGGAUCAUCGUCUGGGAAAAAGCUGUGAGUAUAAAACCCAGAGCCAGGAGGGAUUCACUUCAAGGAAAAGCUGUGCACCUUCAGGACUUUGCUGCUUGGAUAAACUGGUGACUGGUUGCGCAACGGUGAUGCGCGUGAUACCCAAAAAGUGAGAAAGUUUAACCACGCAUGAGUAUAAGGAGGUCUUUUUUUGACUGAAGAAAGUUUUGAGUAACUUUUUCUGGCUCCAACACCAGAAUCUGAACUGGUUUUGAGAUCCUGAUUGGACAUGGCAGAAGGAGACUAUUACACUAUGGGGAACCGGCAAAGGUUUCCCAGGGAUCCAUUCGGAGAGUCACCGUUCAGAGAUCAGUCCCCGUUCAGGGAACAGUCCCCGUUUAGGGAUCAGCUCGGCACUCGCUUCAUGGAGGAUGAGUUUGGGAUGCCACAUUUCCCCGAUGAGCUGGCGAUGGACUGGCCGGGCUGGGCUCGGCCGGGCCGGCUAAGCUCGCGCCUCUCCUCGUCACCCUUCAGCAGCAGUUUACGCACAGGUUUCCCCUCGCGGCAGUCCACGGGAGGAGGCCCCGCGCUGUAUACCAGCAGGUACACCGAGCCCUCCUCCACCUCCCGAGGCUCACCCAUCACCACCGGAGGGGAGCCCUGGAAAGUCUGCGUGAACGUGCACAGCUUUAAACCAGAGGAGCUCCAUGUCAAAACGAGAGACGGUUUUGUAGAAGUGUCAGGUGAGUUUGAGGGGCCGAGGUCUAACUGAUCAGAGGUGUAAAUAAUCACAGGGUUUACUGGGAUUAAAAGGCCUUUCUGAGGGGAAAAUGGGUUAGUAGUCUGGGUCCUGUAAACAGCUGUCAUAUAACCAAUGAGGGCAGGUCAAAGUGAACCCACCUGGUGACUUCCCACUGAAAUCAACAAGCUUUAAGAUAACCAAAGGAGACGUUUUUAUUCGAAAAAGAACAAGUUUGGCAUAAUCAUGCUCCCUGAAGUCCGCUUUAAUGAGAUUAAAAAUUAUUUGAAUUCAUAUUCAUGUAGUUCAAACAACAUAAAUAUGGUUAUAGCACAAAAAAACUUCAACAUGUCAUCAGAAUUGCUGAUAGGGAUUCACAGGUUUUCUCACUCUAAUUUCCAAAGGAGGAUUAAGGCCACAAUAAGAAGGGAAAAAUAUAAGAUUUCUAGAAUAAUGUCAUAAAUUAAUGAGAAUAAAAUGCUAAAUCACAAAUAAGGGUGCUAAAUGAUCAAAAUUUAAGUUGUUAGUUUGACCAAUUUUAUGAGAAUUAGGCUAUAGAAUAACAUCAUUAAAAAUAAUUGCUAACUAUAAUUAACGUUUAAUAUAAAAGCUAUUAUUUAAAAUAUUGAUCUUGAUCUUAAAACUUCAGGACUUUAUUGGAGAAAAUGUGUCAUUUUUCAUUCUCAUAAUUUUACAUUGUAAUAUUACAUAUUUUAUAUUUAAGUUUUCUUAUAAGGGAAUAAACUCUUAGACUUGUAAAAAGUUGUCAUAAACACAUAAUUUAAACAAAGCCUGAAAUAUACGAGAAAAAAAAGCGUUAGUACCAGCAAGGUGUAAACCAAAACUCGAAAACUUGGGAGAAAAUAGCUGUCAAACAAAAAGCUACAGUAGGCUAAUUUUACACAAAAUAAAGACUUGAAUGUACGAUAUUAAAGUCACAAGAAGAUUUGACUCAAGUUGGAAAGGACCUAUUUCAGGAGUAUUAAGAUGAAACUUAAUGAGAAAAAGUUGGGAAAGCUGCUGGUGUUCAGCUCAAAGAUAGCAAAACUUGGCUAGCAUCAGAAAGGUUAGCAUCUUAAGACAGCAUCUUUGAGCUGUUACAUACAAAAAUCCAAUUAUAAUGAGUAAAUAUGUCUCUGACUGUGCGUGAAAAGAUCUAAAACAGCAUUAAGACCUGAUAUGGACAUAAAAUUUAAGGGUAAUACAAUAAAACAAUUGAAAGCUAACUUGUGCAGCUAAUCUAACCUCAUCUGCACUGGGUAAGAUUUAACCCUUCAAAUUAAAACUCUUGAUUAUUGGACUCAGUAUUUUCAAACCUUAUCACCACAUUUUCCAUCUUCCUUCCACAUGUCAUAAAAAAGACAAUACACCCACAUGUUUAAUUAAAAAAACUCAGAACAAAUAGAAGUUAAGUGGCAGUAAAGCAGACGUUUACUCAGGUCUGAAGGAAACAAAGCAUCAUAAUCACUUUCUCAGUUAUCCUCAAGGAUUCUCACUCUAACCUGGCCAAGAAGUAUCAGCUCUCUUUGGUUGGCAGCACUUUCAAAGCUAUUUAAUGAAAGCCUCAGAGGUAACACACACUCUCUACUUUAAUGAGUCUGGAUAUGGACGAGGCUGACAGAUUUUGGGGACUGGGACCUAAACGUUGGCAAGCAGAUCCUCAAGCUUAGACACCUGUUUCAGAUUCCUGGAGAAUCACUCUGAGCUUAAUUUAGAUUUAAAGGAAGGCAAGGCCCGUGACAACAGUCUCUGUUUACAAUAAGACACGUUGCCUGCUGCCAUUAAACACUGGAGAGAAUGUUCUAGAAAUAGGAUCACUGUUACCCAGCAGGCUGUGUGCAGGUUGGUGCUCCUGCAGGGGGGUGGGUCACGUUUUAGCUUUUCAUUUUUUGGAGUAACUUUCAGAAACGUGCUUCCUCAUGUUAGUGCUUUAAAAAUAAAAUGAAUUCCAGGGAUACCCCGAGACUAAGAGGGCACAGAAGACAGCAGCCCCCUCCACAGAUCUCUGUCUUUAUAAAUACAUUGUUGGUAUGCCAGCUGGGUCAUUCAAUCAGCGCCAUGUUGGACAGACUCGCCGCACUGACUCAAUCACGAUCUUAAAGUGUGAUGCACACAUGUUUGAGGAGUUCAGAUCAUGAAUGCUAAACAGAGAGCAAACAGAGAGCACUCAUGAGUGUCAACUCUAUGAAUCAGUCACUUUCUGCUCUGAGCUGUGAUGUGUUUAGCAUGUUUCUUCCUGGUAACACAGACUAAAAUAAGUUAAAUUGGCACCAAUCUGUGCUGAAAGUUGCUGUUACAUGACUUGGUUGAAAUUUUACUUUAAGAUUUUAGUCACAAUUUGAUUUAAGAGAAGUAGAGAAGUUGUAAACUUUCUUAAAUAAGCACUUUUACAGUACAAGUUUAGUGCUGACAUAGCUGAGUGUCUGGAUCCAGUGUUUACUAAACGGGAAUGAUCCAAGGCGGAAGUUUUCACAGUUUUAAUAACUUGCUCAAAUCUGAGCUUGAAGCGACAUCGGGUCAAUAUUUGUGGCUUCACAGAGUAAACAAGCUGUAUUUUAUAUAUAAUUUCAUGCUUUGGUUGUAGGGAAGAAGUAAAGCAACAGAUUGAAGAAAGCAGAAGUGAAUUUGACGGACGUGAACCCAGUGCAAAGUUAACUAACGCCAUAUUCACCAUGUUAACCACCCGUCUACUCUAAAGAUAAGAAAAGGUUCAGAAACAGUCAAGAGUGAGCACAUUGUGUUAAACAUGGCCAAACUUUAGGGUCAAAUGAUGUCAAAUUGGAGUGUAGAGCUAGCACCACCAGCCGUCGGUCCUACCUGCACAUAAAGGUUCGUUUACCUGUAAUGGUUACACAUUGCUUCACUUGGGUGGUUUUAUUCCAGUCUAUCUUAGCACAGCCUAAAUACAAACCUGAUUGGUCCAUGUGUAGAUGGUGACGUCUAACACAUGCUGCAGGACUUAUUACGGGAAAUAUUACCAAACCUUUACUUGAUGCUUGAGAGCCCAGCAGGGAACACAGUUGCGCACUGUGAUGACGUCAGAUGUUUGGUCACAGUGAUUGGUUACAGUAGUCUGUCUAUCAAGGAAAGUACUCCCGCCCACUUUUAGGGCUCCCAAUUGGCCGAAGUCCAGACUGUUGUGAGAAGGAACGGCAAGUGAUUCACGCAACUGGAUGGCCCAGCCAGGCUAGGAGUCACAGCCCCAGCCUUGGCUUGUGGCCGGCAGCUGAGCACCACAGCAUUUGACCAACUUUAGAAGUCUACAGUGAUAAAAAUAUUAAUAACUCAUGUAACCAACUGGAAAUGCUUGCACUAACAUGUAAAAGUGACAACUUUAAACUCUCUAGAUGAUUAAACACUGAUAUUCCUAACAGUCAAUCAUGCACAAAACUUCUGAAAACUCACUGGGUGAGUGAGGGUGAGCUUUAAGUGUAUGCCAAUCACACCAAUAGUAUUGUGCAAAUUCUGUCUGUAGAGCGUUCAGUGGCAAGUAUCAAAUGUGUUUUUUUUCUAUUCAAACAGAAAUAUUUUCAUUUUCAGUCAAAGCUUUCUACAUGAAUAGAAGGAAAACCAGUGUGAGCUCACCUCAGUGACACUGUUAGCAAUAUAUAAAACAGCAUCAUCAGCGAGUGCAUAAACUUGAGCCCUGUUUGUGAUAGUCUUACAGGCAGAGGUGGACCUCAGAGUACAUCAUGUCUCACAAUAACAUCUCCACCCUGAAGAGACAGCAGCUGGUAUUUUGCAUCUGUGUCAUAAGAGACAAAAACACAGAGAAAUCGUGCCUGAUGGGACGGCUCAAACCAAACCUUGAUUACUGAUGACACAAUAAUCAAGGGACCAGAUCUGAGUGAUGACGAGGUUUAACAUUUGAACUCAUGACUUCAGAGGUGACCUGAGCACAAACUCUCUGGAGAUUUUAUUCUACCGUUGCUCUCUGGUGGAGCUCAGCAUUUGUGGCGAGCAGAAACGUCACUGGAGGGGUGUAGGGUUGCACAUAGUCGUGCCUGGCGUGCAGACAAGGGGUUGAGGGGUGGGGGCGGGCCGUUGCUGGCUGGAAGCAGUGAUAUUUAGCAGCCCCAAAGCAGCUGUGAGCUAACCAGCGGUAGAGAGGGAGCACAACUAUCGGGGGAGUUUCCAGGCUUUAAGUUCUCCCUAGUUUCAAAAUACAACACGUCUCUUAUCAGGACAGCUGUUAUUGGAAGACAUUUCAGAGAAUUGAGAGGGUGUUUCAUUAUCUUUACAAGCCCAGUGGAGCCCACCUAAAACAAAAACACAGCAGCAAUGAAGCAAUGGAAAAAAGCGUGUGGGCCAAAUGUUGUCAUCCACACUAUGCUGGUGCACACCCUGGAUCUCAUGAGGAGAUGUCAAGGUUUAAAGUUUCGCAACAUACUGUACAUAAUCAAUGUCCAAGUUAACUGACGGGAGUGUACUUCCUACCUUGCCUAAUUAUUACAAAAUGCUGAGCUUGAAUCAUAUCUGAGGUUAUUUAAAGGCACAUACAUCAUUUAUCAGUCCUCUGAUGCUUUUUAUUUUUCAAACAGGGAAACAUGAAGAGAAGCAGGAAGAAGGAGGGAUAGUGACGAAGAACUUCACAAAGAAGAUACAGUGAGUAUUGUUUCAGGAAAUUCUUCAGUUGUUUUCAUCUUUGUCUUUCUACAUUAUGGGCACAAGUGGUUGGUAGAUUUUAGAUCUCAUUGUUUUUAGUGUCUUAUUCACUCUUAAAUCUGAUUUUUACAGUUGCAGUUUUAAUUAAGCAUGGCAAUGUAUCUCCCGAACAUUUAACGGCUUCAAAUGAGUCCUGCAGAGUUUACUAUUAAACUAACAAAGUAUCUUCCCACACUCGAUUAAAAAAGAUGUGCUGCAAGGCCAAAUAAAUCUCCCCUGUUGUAGAUUUCAGCUACAAGUUUUUAAUCUUCCUUACAGAGAAGCAACUUCUACCAAAUGUUUCAUAUUUCAAUAAAUGUAACAGCUAGAUUUCAGAUUGAAAUGCUCCCUUGCUCACCUCUUCUGUCAAUGAGGUAACGGUGGCCUUGAAGGACAAAAAGGGCCUUGUGAUGCAGGAUGCGUAUGGGGCUUCAUUUGUCAAAUUUUUAUCUCUAAAAAUGUCCAGUAAUGCAAAUGAUUGUACAAAAAACAUUCCUUUCUGAACCUAUAGCAGCAUAAGUAAAAGCUGGUCCAAGCCUAAGCCACUCCUAUCUAUGAACAUCAUUGAGAGGCAAAGUUCUAAGCCGUCUCUAACUGUAAAAGUAGAGAGGGUGUCUGAGAUUGUCUCAAACUGAGAUUAAUCUGACAAAUAUGGUUGAAAAUGGGAAAGGCCAGUGGUACAGCCUCUAUUCACAGAAGCUAUACUUGUCUCUGCAGUAGUCCUCAUUGGCUGAGUAUUUGACUCCCAUCCUCAGCCUCUCGUUUUAUGUCAUCCCUUACUCUGUGCUUCUGACACUUACUGUCUCUCUUCAGUCAUGUCCUGUCUGAUAUAUAUAUAUAUAUAUAUAUAUAUAUAUAUAUAUAUAUAUAUAUAUAUUUAAUAAUCAUACAAAAAACUUCUGUUUUUCAAAGAUCUUUGUCAAUUGAAUGCUUGAAUUUCCAUCUGUAAUCAUAAAUAUGAACAUACUGUGUUUGGCAGUUUGGAGAGAAAUUCAGAACACUCUGAAGUCUGAUUUCUAAGCAGACACAACAACAACCAUCCUGCGUGUGUUCAUGCUUUUUAUUCUGUCGCCUUUACCUCAUAUCCUCGAGGAGCUGCACUUGAGUUACAUUAGCUCUAAGUGGACAAAGUCUCCACAAUCUUCACAACUCCAAACUGUUUCCACUGACAGAAACGGCUCUCACUAACACUGGGAAACUGAAGCAUAGCUCUCCAUGGAGGAGUGUUGUUGUGCAGAACAGAGCUGCACUCAUAUCUUACAUAUUGUGGACUUAUCACAUCCUAAUUGAACAGAAGUUUCCAGAACACAUCGGCUCUCGGCUCCUCUAAUUGGCCGUUGUGAGGACUUCAAACAGCUCUGCUAAUCGCUGGUGCGAAUCAGCGUCUUUCUGGCGCGUCACUCCGGUUCUGCUAAUUUCCUGUUGGCUAAUUAGUAAGCAGUUGUGCUAGCAGCACACUCUUCAUAUCACAAGACUUUUAAUUGGAGGCUCCCGGAUCAGGCCAGCCGAGCAAAACCUAAAACCACUGACACACUGAAUAUACGGCCAAGAGGGGGGGUCUGAUGGUGGAGGGAGUGAGGAGGGGGUCAUAUAUAAAUAACUGACCUCGAUACCUUAAUCCUGGGCUUAAAUGAAGGCAGACAUAGCACUGAGAUGUCACAUUACUGCAGUGAGGCAUGAGAGGGUGUACUUUUGAUUAAGGCACUCUUGCUUCUCUUACAAAGCAAUAAACUUCACAGAAGUACUGCACUUCAAUAUGUCACUACAGUGCAUGUACAUAAGUCAGACUGAAGUGAUAACAUGCAUUUUAAAAGUUGGACUAUUGUGGAACUAACCCAAACAUCUUAGACCCACCAGCUGAGUCAUUUCAGUGGCUAACACUAUUACCAUUAGCUUGCUAACAGGUUGAGCUAGUCCUCAUGUUCCCAUUUAUGAUUCUUUCACGCAUCCCACAUGUUGCCACUCAUGCUUUUAUUUAUUAUAAAAUCUAAUUAGACAUCCUGGGACUGGCAGCUGCCCCUCUUGAUCCAAAUGUCAUCCAGAAACUGAAGUUUCUUGGUGUCCACUUGAGGCUGGCUCCAAAAGCAUCAAAGACUACAUACACACCAGUUUUGACUGACAGGCAGGCUCACCGUUGCUUUGAGCAAAGGGGCUACAGGCCCAUCUCAGCUUUGACUCUUUGCCUUUUGUUAAGCCAACCAAAACUUCGACUGAGUCUUCAUAUCUUGCACGGCAUCUGUUUUGAUCAUUUAAUAUCAGUAAGUUCAUUUUUUAGUUGUAUCUUUAUUUGUGGCAGCCAGAGCCACAGUCUAAAGCUUGGACUUGAGUCUUAGACUUCUGUAAACAUUAGUGCACAUUAUAACUUGUACAAUAAAUAUUUUCAUUAUGGGACUUCAGGGUCUUUGUAGGUUUCUGACAUGUCACCUAGAAAAAAGUGCAAAUACACCAAAAGUUGAAAUGCAUCAGUAUAAAAGCCAGGGAUCUGAGGUAACAGGGUCAAAGUUUGAUGGUAGGGUAUUUUUCGGUUAAACACUUGCUUUACAUGUGAGAAAUUUGUCAAUUAUUAACCGAAUCUGUCAUUGUUAAAUCAGCUCCUAAAGGCCAAAGGUAGCUUCAAAUCUCCAGGUCAUGUAGCCCUGCAGGAACACACGAACUCCCACCUGUUUACAUGAGAAAGCCUGCGUGUGAGGAGUGUUUAUUUAUAAAUUUCAUGUUCUGCCUCUGUGUCUGUCCUCACGAAACACAUGCCAUAGCUAGAUGGUUUCGGUCCACAUGUGUAGCCUGUGCUUGAGGGCAGAGCGGAUGGGUUGUAUUUCUUACACACCAAACGCACUCCAUUAUCACCCGGCCUUGUCCAGUCUUGGUGUCUCGUCUCUCUCUGCCUGGAUCAGCAUCUCUGUAGGGGGGUAAAGCAUAUUGGACAGCUUUUUGGCAGCUGUACAAAAUCAAUGCAUGGGAUAAAAGUGUGUUUGCCUUAGGUACAGUAAAUAAACUCCAGAGCUGGACAGAUAACGUUUCUGAUGGAGUCAUACUUAAUGGGCCGUCUAAGAGAUUUGACUUUGUCAGAAUGGAGUAACUUUUCUUUGCUGCUAUUGGCUCUUUGAAAGUGGGAGGAAAGGGACUGAAACCUGUAGGCUUGUGCUUAUAUGGGUAUCUGAAGCUAACUGUCAAACCUUGGAAAAGCUCGGAUAUCAUUACUCUGUCAUCCAGAUGCAUUUAUUAUUUUAAUGUUGACUCUCGGGGUGUCCUCAGAGGUGUCCUGGGAGCCCCUCCUUUGUUUGAUGAUGUUCUUGAUUGUCAAAAAUAUAUGAUAUAUGAUGAUUUUCAGUAAUGAAGAUAAAUGGAGACAGAAAUGUUAAACAAAUGAUAUUAAUACAUUCUUGUGCUCACACUGUCCGAUGAUACAACCUUAUACAAGAUAUACCAGCACUCUAGCAAGGCCGCCAUUUAAUUUGUGGUGAAUCCUGAUAAGUAAGGGAUCACGUGACCUUACACCCCUGACAUAUUUGGCUGUGAGUGAAUUAUUUCAACAUUUAGUUGAAUUUAAAGUUGAUGUAAAGUAACACCACAAUAUCACCACAAUGGGCGUUGACAUCUUGCACUGGUGAUAUCACUUCUAGUCAGGAACAGAGAGACAAUAGGAAGAUAAAUUAUGACAAUGACUGAUGUUACCACAGGGGAACACAUAAGUAGAUAAUAAAAGUGGACCUAAAAUUGAACCUUGUGGCACACCACAGGUAAUAUUAGAAGAGUAGUAGAAACAGUAGUUAACUGUGGAGACCAACAAGGUUCUGUCUAAAGGUUUUUUUUUUUUUUUAAUGGCAUCAAGUUAAACCUCUUCAAAAAACGAACAUGAUAUGAACUAAAUGAUGACAAAAGCCAUGUGUUGGAUAAAAUUGACAUGUGUUUCCAUCAUUCCCCAUCCGUUGACAUUGGUGAGGUGAGGUUUAUGACCCACAGUAUGCUGCAGUCAGUCGUUAAGGGAAGCGCUAUAUAUUUUGGCUUCACUUUUGGGUGAUUAGCUGUGUAUGUAGUGUGAUAUAAGCUUGCAACUUUUCACUAUAAUUCAAUGAACUAGUUCCAUCUGAAUUCAUUGUAAUUUAGUUCUCUUGUUAGACUCAGUGUUGAUGUUAGGACCAUCACCAUAUCCCAGUUUUGACGAUAACCCUUUCAUAAAAAUCUGAAUUAUAGAUAUUGUAUUUAAAAUAAGCAUGGAGUAAUACUGAGUUUAUUGCUGUGGUUCUUUACGCUGGUUGCCUCAUUUCAUAAAAUGGAAAAGGGAUGAAAAAGCAGCAGCGGCUGCUAGAGAGCUGUAGCAGCUCUCUGAGAGCAGAUUAAGGCACUACUCUUUAAGAUUUAUUGUGAAUCAUAAUUUAUUACCAGACCAAGACAGAGAACAUGUAAAAUAAAAGCAUGACUAAUAAUGGUUUUAUGAAGCAGUGUCUUUUGAGGUGAAAAAAACAACAGACACCGUGACAGCUCUAGUUUCUGAUUGUUCCAGCUCAGCCUGGAUCUCCAGUUUGAUCCUUUUCUCACUUAUUUAUUGCUUCACCAACCACUGCCUGAACUCAUGCUGGGUCUCGAUGUUGUUAAAGUGGACUUGUAAAGCUCAAUGGAACACUGUGAUAUGAUACUUGUCUUCACAAAUAGACCUGACAUAACCUCUGUGCCCCCCCUGAUCCCAUGAGGAAAAUGUUUAGCCGCCUCUGUCUUGUAUUUCUCAGUGGAGUGAAGAGCCAUGCAGUAGAGAGUCUCCUCUAAUUAAAUGGACGGUAAACUCCAGUCUGCUCCUCUGAACAGGGCAGGCUGAUGUUUAUAUUAAAGCCCAGAGACUCUUGGCCGCUCACACAGAAAACCUACAAUACCCAUAUUUGGCCACGCUCUCUGACAAAGAACAGCUUGAUCUCUGUGUGCUUGCCUCGACAGCUGCUUUUGAAGGACUUUUCUUCCAGAGGGAGGUGAUUAAUUUUCAAACUAACCCUGAAAUCAGCCUGAUAAUUAAAUGACAGCUAGUUAGAUCAUUUAAGAUAAUUAACUCUCAUUGAAACUAAAGUUUAUUCACAGUUUAACAGAAGUGAAGCCUUGCAUAAGUAAUCCCUGGUUGAUUUUCCAUUAACACUUAAUGUUCCCUGCGAGGUUCGAGUGCCAAUUAUCUCCCUUUGCUCUGUAAAUGUGAUCAUUCCCAUGAGAAAAGUGUCAGAAAAUUUAAGAGAGGUGGGAAAAAAAGCAGGUGACUGACAGAGCUUGCCUGUCUGACAGAUGAGAGCAGCAGGUUAGGAAAGUAUGCACGGAUGGAAAUUUACAGGUGUGAACUUAUGCAGAUGACACUCUUUUUAAUUGGAAUCAAACCUCACACCUGGCGCACACCCUCCUCCCCUUCUGCCGCAGAGCCGGGGGCUUUUUAAUAAAAAAUCCUGAUGGCUUUCAGUCCACCUUCCUGCUGUGAGAUAGUUUUUAGUAAGUCUAGAAGAAGUGCUAGCCGAGGAGGAGAGGGUGAGCAUUUUAAUAACAGUCAGAACUCGAAGCCAAGUUCUUUUUUCCCUCCUGUGGGUAUACAACGCUAAAACUAUCUGACUGCAGGCUGUUUAUGGGUAUUGACAAAGUGUCAGUAAAAAACCCGAGCAUUUAACAAUGUUUGCAGAGCAGCUCAUACUGAGGAGAAUGUCACAGUAUUUUGCAUGACCUCCGAGCAGGAACUGAACUCUUUCUCUAGGCUGUUUCUCCUCACUGCUCUCCUUAUUUUGUUUCCUCCCACUCACACUUUUAAACAUGCCAAACAUUCACAGCGGCAAGUAAACUUCUGCCACUCUUAACAUCUGAAACUUCCUCCCAAGCAGAACAAACUCAAACCCUCAUCUUCCUCUCACUUUUCUUCUGUCAGGAUCCCGAUAGAUGUGGACCCACUCACCGUUUUCGCCUCCUUGUCCCCCGAGGGUGUCCUUAUCAUCGAAGCCCGGCAGACGCCUCCAUAUUCCCUCUUCAGCAAUGAAAGCUGCCAGGGGGGUGACAUGCUGGAGGCGGAGGCACCAAAGCCCCAAGAGGCUCCUGUAGUCUAAACCCCCAAGUCUGUACGAAUAUAAGAAAACAUGUUGCACAACUGAUAAGAAGUUUGCCAAGAAAUGUGUGGCCUUCAGCCUUGUAGACACCUGGAAUUUAAAUGAGUCAAAUAUGCUAAAAGAAAUGUUGCCUGGUCAAGGCAGCAGUGAGAUAGAUAUACAAACAGAACAGUGAAGACUCUGUGAUUGCUGACUGUGACAGAUAAAAAUAGUAUCACCUCUAUUUGUGUAAAGAAAUUUAACCCUUACUCUUAAUUGUAUAAAAAUCCACAAAAAUAAUGACCUCAAGUAGAAAUCUAACUCAAAGGCUGUGUCCAAAAUCCCUCACUUUCACUACUUUGAAAUGGGGGAUUUGCCACUUAGUACUGCUGUCUGCAUUGUGACUGGGAACUGUCUGAUGAAACUUAAAGAAGUGAAUAUUUGGCAACAGUUUCCCCCAAAUGAAGCUGUUUGAUAAAGACUGAAUGAUUUUCUCCCCAGGAACAAAAGUUUUUAAACGACUAUGACACAUGAGAGACUAGUUUGUUUACGUGAGACAAGUAACUUGAGGUGCAAAACCAGGGUUUCAAAAGAUAUCCUCAGUGUCAUAUUAGGUAUCACUUUUUGACAAGUUCAUGUCAUAAAAUUUAGCGGUAAUGAUUGUCAUAGAAAAUGUUUUAUUGUUUGGCAAACAAGAAUCCUGGCAGGGUGAGACUUGACUCUAAUGUAAACCACUGCUUAACUGUACAGUUUCCUGUGUAUUACCCUGCUACUAACUAAAGAUACCACCAGUUGAAAGAAGUGCCAUAGUGAUUGUUUUUGUAUCAGUUAACUUACGAGUCAAAUUACUGGCAUUUCUAACGGACACAGAAAAUAAAAGCAGCACUGGUGUAUAAAGUCCUCCUUCCCGUAAGCUUUUAACUCUGUUGGUGUUUAUUUUUCAGUCAGUCAGUCCUGUCACUCUACAAAAGCCCACACCGCAGCAGUCUGCUUAUUUCAUGUCUGUCUUGAUCAAACUUUCACUCCUAGUGUGUUUAAUAUCCCUCACUGGUUUCUGUUUGUUUUUUCCCCAUCUUAUUUUUUUGCCAGUGACUUGUCAGCCAUUCACCACUAAUCCACGUUGGUGUUGGGCAACACCUUUUAAAUGUGCAACAGUAAUGACUUCAUUAUUUGGCAUAUGUUGGAUGGCCAGCAGCGCUUUCUACCUGUAAACUCACUGUUGAAUUCUUUUAGCUGUCCAGGUGGGGGGUGAGUUUGGGAUUUCGGAUACAGUCAAAGAGUUCUUGUUUGGUUUCACUUCUCAAUUUGUGUUGACUCUCUAUAAAGUUUUAUUACAAACUAGCAGCUUUAAAAAAAUAUAAAUUAAUAUGCCAUUUCAUCAUUUUUGUUUUUUAAAGUUUUGCCUUACAUAUAUAAUUUUCACAUUUGAAAGUGUUUGUGAAAUACUGAGCUACAUAUUGAAAUUAACGAUCACAACUGGGAACUGUGGCAGACAUAAAGCAAUAUCAUCUACAUUUUGAUUAACUCACAAAAAAAUAGCUUAGGUUUGAUCUGACAUUUUACCUCCUACAGAAAUGUAAAUACAAAAAGAAAACAUUAAACUUUUUAUUCUAAUGGGAAAAAAGUUCCAGCAAGUUAACAAAUGUUGGUGUAACUUAAGGAUGAUAGUAUGGGUAGAUGUUUAACUUUGUAUUUAUUAAUGAAUUGUUAAUUUCUGAAUUAACAUGUUUGUUUCCACCAUAAAGAUUCAAAGAUAUUUUCAGUGUAAAAGCAUAAAUAUAUUUUAAUUCAAAUCAAGUUAAUGAAACAUUGUAUAUGAAUUUCAAAAGAGUUAAAUAUACACUUGUGUGUAUUAAGUUUGUUGUAUGUGAUUUUUGGAGUUAAAAAAAAACAAAUGUGCCUUUAUUGACUCGAGUGCUUUGAGAUGUUAUGUGUUACAGCUUUUUUUUUAAUCUUUUGAGUUAAUGAAUGUCACUAAAACUGACAAGAAACUAAAGUAAGUCACCUUUUUAGAGAGUUUAUAGAGGGCGAGUUGUGUGCAUUGAUAGUGUAUUCUAGCACAGUGUAUUGUAAAUAUACUUUGAUAUGUGCCAAUUCAGUAUGAGUAUUUAUCUGAAGUGUUCAUGGUUUUGAAAAAUGGUUUGAAUUUCUUUUCUAUUCAAGCGUUCAGAAGGACGGCUGCAUGACCGUUGGAACUGAUGGACUGAUUUUCAUGCCAAGGAUGUUUGUUUCCCGCCUUCUUUUUCUGGUGAUGUCUUUGUAUUGGCUGAUGCAAUAAAACAUGUCCAGCCAAUCUUCCUGU